CAUGGGGGCGAAGACCUCGAGGAGCCUUGUGGCGGGACCGGUGUUUGAGCACAUGUUGCUGCACGCAUGCCGGCCUCGGCACGCCCCCUGGACAGUCAGGACCGGACUUGACACCCACGCGACGCCUGCGUCGACGCCCCCGAGGGCGCUUGUGCGCCCCCCCCCGCUGAGCGUUGGGUCCAGCUUGGGCUGCCUCUGGGGGCUGCUGUGCGCAGCCCCAAGCCUUGCCUCGCGGACCUGCACUGCGCGCGGGAAUGGGUGCGCCAGAGCGGGCUUGUGGAUCUCGAGUCCUGGGUGUGGACGGGAAGCCCACAGAGCACGCUAGUGUUCCUUGGGGACUACGUCGACAAGGGGCCCGAGGGGCGCCAGGUCUUAGAGUUCGUCCGCAACCUGACCGACACGUUUCCCGACCGGGUCUUGGCCAUGCUGGGGAACCACGAUUUCUACCUUUUUUUGGACGCUUCGCUGGGCAGCAUGGGCGCGUCCCACGUCAUGGGCUCCCCAGUCCGGGACUUCGCGUACGCGUUCACGCACCCCGAGGAGUAUUUGAAUUGGAUGCCCGACCACGUGCGCAGCGACAACGAGACUGCCGCCGCCCUCGGAGCUCUCUUCCAGGCGUUGGCCUGGGUCUAUGGCCGCAGAGGCGAGGCCCAGGUCAUGCUGACGCCGACGCCUGGGAAGCUGGACCUGUUCGAGGCCGCGCCGCCGUUCAGGGAAGACCCUGGGCUGGCAGAGCGGACGCGCGCGAGGCUGCGGGAGUGGCAGGCAACACCCGAUGCAUGUCCUCGGGGCUCGCCAGCACCGGCCUGCUGUCCUGGCUCGCGGAGCGCCCGGUGGCGGCCCAGGUAGGCGGCGCCCUGAUCGUCCACGGGGGCCUACCGCCGGCGCUCCUGCGAGAGGUGCUGCGGCGCCCGGGCGCCCGACCGCCGGGCGAGGAGCUCGCGGCGGCGCUGCAGGGCGUGUUGCGGCACCCCGAGCGGGUCAGGCACGGCGACCUCGUCGACGAGGCCGUGACGUACCGCGGGUACCACGAGAAGUACAGCGGACCACGGGCGUGCGGCGAGGUUGACGACGUGUUGGCUUUGCUCGCCGCGGACACCGCGGCGGAGCUGAUCGUCGUGGGCCACACCCCGGGCGACCACGUGCGGACGACCUGCCGAGGGCGCCUCGUCGCCGCCGACAGCUCCCUCAGCCGCUUCUUCCGCGCUCACGGCAACCUCUAUUCGGGAGUCCGCAUAAACGCAGGGCCGAUACCUUCCGCCGCCGGCUGUGCUGGGGAGCCACCCGCAGCCGCGCGUUGCGAGGGUCAGGCGCUGCGCUUGCGCCGUGAGCCGGCGGAGCCCGCUGAGGGCGCGCCCGCGCCCGCCCGGCAGUGGCGGGUGCAGAAGGUGCCCGCCGACGGGCGGCCGCCGCCAGCGGUGGCGGCCUCCGCUCUGGCCGCCGUGGGGUGGCCGCCGGGCGCGGCUCUGGCGCUGGCGCUGGCGCUUGCGCUCGCCGCCGCUGCGCGGGC